GUGAAAUAUGAAGCAGGAGAUUCUGACACACAUGAGGAUGUCAAAGUAGAUCCUGAUGAAAGAAAUGAUGGACGGCAGAAAUCAGGUUCUCCAGAAAUCAACAACAACAGAGAGAAGGCAGACGACGGUCACCAGUGUGACUCUCUGAAGAUGAAGAAGAAGAGGGUCAAAGAUGAGAAACAGGAGAAGAAUCAGUCGUCUGCGAGGAAAAGGAAGAAGACGGGUUCUGAACAUGAUAAAACAGAGAAGAAGAAGAUCAAGAAAGACGGAGAGCAGGAGGAGAAGAAGAAGGAAAGGGGGAAGAAGGACGAGGAGUCUGAGAAGUGGAAGUGGUGGGAGGAAGGAAAGUCAUCAGACACUCAGAAAUGGAGCAGUUUGGAGCACAAAGGACCGUACUUCCCUCCUGAAUACGAGCCGCUGCCUGAUAACAUCUGCUUUAAAUAUGACGGUCAGCCGGUGAAGCUCAGUCCUGUGACGGAGGAGAUCGCCACGUUCUACGCUAAGAUGCUGGAUCAUGAAUACACCAGUAAAGAUGUGUUUCAGAACAACUUCUUCAGCGACUGGAGGGAGGAAAUGACGAAAGAAGAGCGGAAGCAGAUCAAGACGCUCUCCAAGUGUGACUUCACUCAGAUCCACAAGUAUUUCGUGAAGAAGUCUGAGGAGCGUAAGAACAUGACGAAGGAGGAGAAGCAGGUCCUGAAGGAGGAGGCCAGCCGGCUGAUGGAGGAGUACGGCUUCUGUCUGCUGGACGGACACCGCGAGAAGAUCGGGAACUUCAAGCUGGAGCCGCCGGGACUGUUCCGCGGACGAGGAGAACAUCCCAAGAUGGGCAAGCUGAAGAAACGCAUCCAGCCGGAGGACGUGACCAUCAACUGCAGCCAGGACUCGAAGAUCCCGACGCCCCCUGCAGGCCACCGCUGGAAGCGCGUGCAGCACGAUAACACGGUCACAUGGCUGGCGUCGUGGCUGGAGAACAUCCACGGACGACCCAAAUACAUCAUGCUGAACCCCAGCUCCAAACUCAAGGGCGAGAAGGACUGGCAGAAGUACGAGACGGCGCGGCAGCUGAAGAUGAAGGUGGACUCCAUCAGGAAACAGUACAGACGCGACUGGACCUCACGAGAGAUGAAGAUCCGGCAGAGAGGAGUCGCCAUCUACUUCAUCGACAAGCUGGCGCUGCGAGCGGGGAACGAGAAGGACGAUGAGUCUGCAGAUACGGUGGGCUGCUGCUCUCUGCGUGUGGAGCACAUCACGCUCCACCGGCGUCUGGACGCUCAGGAACACGUGGUGGAGUUCGACUUCCUGGGAAAAGACUCCAUACGCUACUACAACAAGGUUCCUGUGGAGAAACAGGUGUUCAAGAAUCUGAAGCUGUUCAUAAAACACAAGGAUCCAGAAGAUGAUUUAUUUGACCGAAUUACAACGGUCAAACUCAACAAAACCCUGAACGAGUGUAUGCCCGGACUGACGGCCAAAGUGUUUCGAACCUUCAACGCCUCGACCACGCUGCAGGAUCAGCUCAACAAACUCACCACAGAGGGCAUGACAGUGGAGGAGAAGAUCCUGUCGUAUAACCGAGCGAACCGAGCCGUGGCCAUCCUCUGUAACCACCAGAGGGCAGCACCCAAAACCUUCGAGAGGUCCAUGCAGCUGCUGCAGGAGAAGAUCCAGAAGAAAAAGGAACAAAUUGAAGAUGCCAAAAAGGAGCUGAAGGAAGCGAAGAAAGCACAUAAAGACGCUCCGUCUGACAAAUCUAAGAAGCUGCUGGAGAAGAAGGAGAAGGCUGUUCAGAGACUCAGUGAUCAGCUGAAGAAGCUGCAGCUGCAGGAAACUGAUCGUGAGGAGAACAAGGUCAUCGCUCUGGGCACGUCCAAACUCAACUACCUGGACCCUCGCAUCAGCGUGGCAUGGUGUAAGAAACAUCAGGUGCCUAUCGAGAAGAUCUACAACAAAACCCAGAGGGACAAGUUUGCCUGGGCCAUCGACAUGACCGACGAGAACUUCCAGUUCUGAAGACCCCCCCGAGCCCCUGUUCUGGGAUUAUUUGUGUGCUUUUGUUUUUUGAAUCAAUCUGAUGAAGAUGAUGAUGAUGAUAGUGUAAAGUAAAGCCUCUCGUACAUCAGCUCGCUCCUCUUUCUUCUGAACGGUCUCUGGUUUAUCAUCAGCCUCAAACACUUCGUGUCAUUUAGGAACACAAGGGACUCUGAAGGGAAGCUUGUGAAGGUCGUGACCCCUGCAUGAGCUCUGAUCUACUUCCUGUUCCUCAUCACAGAUCUAAUAAUGCAGGACAUCUCUCCUGCUAGAAGUAGCUUUCUUUAAUCCAAAUCAAAUGUUAACUAAAAUAUAUAUUUUUGCAGCACAUCAUUUUUAACUUGAUUUACUAAAAUUGAAUAAUUUAAAAUUUUGAUUUAAAAUUGGAAUGAGAACAGAAAAUAUAUAUAAAAACCUAAUUCACAAUAUUACUGAAAACUAGUAAUUUUUCAGUAUUGGGCUGUGUUUGGCCGUGGUGUAAUGAACAGAUGUGUGGCUCUGGUGUCACACACACACACACACACACACACAGAGACGGACAGCAGGAAGUGUUAGAGAUUCUUUAUUUCAGCUUGUUAAACAUCACGGGACAGGACUGCAGACCUGGUUUAUUCACUCAAGGUGCCUCACAAUCAAAUAUAGAAUUAUUUGCAUAAAGAAAACUCCAUGAAAUGAUCAGAAACGCUUGUGUUGGAUCCCGGCU